AUGACUUCCCUAGCACCGAAAACACCAGCAAGUGGAUACUACACUCAAUCCCAGCGGCCUCAUCCUGCUCGAUAUCUGGGAGCGUACACGGAAUUGGCGUUCGUGCUUGAGAGUGUUCAGUUCAUAUGGAAGACCAUUGUAGGAGCACAACGACAGUCCCCAUACUCUAAGGUUCUUAUUGGCCUCUCUGGAGGUUCCACUCCAAAGAAGGUAUUGAAGACGCUUGCUUCAUUAUGUUCGAAUGAAACUGGAGAAUUUUGUAUUCGUCGGCCUUCCAGCCAACGAAUCGAUCCAGAGCCAGAAUGCGCAACACAUGAAUGCGCCAAAAUUGACUGGUCUCGGGUGGCUGUCUUCCUUGUUGAUGAAAGAUUUGUUCCUCCAACUCACAAUGAUUCGAAUCAAAAAAUGAUUCGUGAAACUCUUCUCUCUCAUGGUAUGCAUGAUGACAAGUAUAUCAUUGGGACUUCUAGACUUCUGUUUUUAUCAGCCGGAAUCCCAAUUCUGGAAGAGAACAUCGUCUUCCCAGAUACGACAAAACCGAUCGAUGAGUGCGUCUCCGAUUAUGAAUCAAGACUACGAAGAACUCUUGCAUCGACUGGCCGUCCACGCUUGGUGGUCUUAGGGAUGGGAGAUGAUGGCCACAUCGCAAGCUGGUUCCCUCCGUUAUCAUCUGAGGAGUACGCAACAGCACAUUCGCCUCAUCAUCUGGUGCAUCACAACGAGCAAGAUCG